GUAUGGUAUGCCUAGUAGAGUGUAAAAUUUGUUAGUAUUUUGGUUUUUUCAUAGGGAAUUGUCUUUCAGAUUAGUCUAUUUAUUUUAAAAUUGUCUUGGUUUUAAGACAGAAGUUAAAAACUGUAUAUCCUGUACUAGAAUGGGCGUCAUUAAGCAGUUUUUGGCCGGCCUGGCUGCGGCCUUCGGUGCCUUUUGUUUGGGCGCCUCAAUUGGCUGGUCCGGGCCCAUGGAGCAGCCGGUAACAUCGGGUGCUGCCUACAAGUUUGGGACCAGCAGUGAUGAAUGGAGUUGGAUUAGUUCAAUGUUAAACUUUGGAGCCGCCUGCAUGUGCGUGCCCGUUGGCAUAUUGAUUGGUGCAUUUGGACGCCGUCUAAUCAUGUUGAUAAUCACGAUUCCAUAUUUUCUUGGCUGGGGCUGUAUUAUUGGAGCGCAAAAAACCUUCAUGCUAUAUAUUGGCCGAUUCGUUGUGGGCGCCUGCGGUGGCGCCUUUUGUGUUAUGGCGCCCGUCUACACCACAGAAAUAGCAGAGAUCCGAUUGCGGGGCGUUAUGGGCUGCUUUUUCCAGCUGCUUAUCGUGCAUGGCAUUCUUUAUGGUUUUAUUGUGGGCGCCUAUUGUGAGCCAUUCCUCGUCAACGUAUUGUGCGGAAUCUUGCCACUUGUGUUCCUGGUAUUGUUCUUCUGGAUGCCCGAAUCGCCCGUCUUUCUGUUGCAGAAGGGCAAAACGGAGCAGGCGGAAAAGGCAUUGAAGUGGCUGCGUGGAGGCGAUGCGGAUGUAAGCGGCGAUAUGGCCACCAUGGCCGCCGACAGUAAGAAGGAGAAGGCCACGUUUGUCCAGGCACUGUCGAAAAAGGUGACCUGGAAGGGACUCGGCAUCGCCAUGACAUUGAUGCUGCUGCAACAGUUUACGGGCAUCAAUGCGAUACUGUUCUAUGUGAACGCCAUCUUCGAGAAGGCGGGCACCGGCCUCUCGCCGAACACCUGCUCGAUUCUGGUGGGCGUUGUUCAAGUAUUCGCCACAAUUGUGGCCAUUCUGCUUGUGGAACGGGCCGGCAGGAAGCUCUUGCUGCUCGUGUCGGCAAUUGUGAUGGGCGUCACCACUUUGGUGAUGGGCGUGUACUUUCAGUGGCUUAAGGACAGUAAUGUUGGCUGGCUACCCAUACUGGCAAUAUGCUUGUUUAUGGUCGGUUUCUCGCUGGGAUUCGGUCCGGUGCCAUGGGUGGUUAUGGCCGAGCUGUUUGCGGAGGAUGUGAAGCCCGUUUGCGGCGCAAUUGUGGGCACCAGCAGUUGGUUGUUUGCCUUUGCUGUCACCAAAUUAUUUCCGCUCGUCCUAGAUCAAUUCGGUCCGGUAGUUACUUUUUGGGUAUUUACAGUAUUCUCAAUUUUGGCUUGUAUUUUUGUUGCUUUCUUUGUCCCGGAAACGAAGGGCAAAACUAUCGAUGAGAUUCAAGGUAUUCUUGGCGCAUAAUUGGCCAAAAAAAAACCAAUACAUGUAUCCCGCUGUCUUGAAAUAAAUAUAUAC